AUGGAUCAGGACCCAGUGCCCACGCGAGAAACAUCGCAGGAAGAGGAUAGGUUUUGGAUCGAUACUGACCGCCAGUUUUUCUCGAAUCCUAAUUCCUCGCUGCUUCUGUGUCUGCGCAACCAUGCCUGGCACUGCCGCUACAUCGCGCGUCAGUCCCGCCAGCUGCUGCGCGAGCACGAGGAGGCAUCGAGUGACCACUCGAACUCCCAGCGCGACUCUAAACGCCCCAAGCUGACAUCUGAGAAUGCGGUCUCCAAGAUUCAGGUAGGUGGCGGUUCUGGCGCCACCGGCGUUGAAGCGCGGCAGGAGGGUUCGAAUGACAGCGGUAUUAUAACGGUCACGUUCAGAGUCAAGCACAAGGGUGGGGAUUUAGCUGUGCUUAGCCCAGGUAACUCUUGUUCGCGCAUGUCACCUAUGCAUGGCGUCAACGGUGUUGAUGCCAUGUCUUACAGUGAGAAGCGAGGUUUUGCUGUGGCGGCGCAGCACCACAUGGGAAGUUACGACGAUGACGUGUAUUACAACCCCGUUAUUAAUGCGAAACAUGACAACAAGCUGAAGUUGCCCAUCAUUCUUCCAUGUCAGGCGCCGGAUGGCAUCCGCAUAGCGCUGUACUGCACGACUGAGAACUCGCAGCACGUGGACCCCACGACAUCGCGCAGGCCGGGUUUCAAGACGAACAUGCUGAACGACAUGCUGUCGCCUGACCAGGUCCCCGAGAUCGUUUACGGUCCUGCCCCCGUGUGGUCACGUCUGAAACAGCCGGGCUUCAAGGACGGGAAAGACAUUUGUUCACCGUACCCGAAGUUCACAGCGGUGAUGAAGGAGAUCCACGGCCCAGUGGCGGACCCGGUAUGGGAGUGCCCCAAUGACAUGAAGCGCCGUAAUGCUGCGGGCGUCGGUGAUAUGCUGCGUGCGCUGGGAUUGACGGACGUGUCGCCGCCCUGCACGAUAGAUUACAGUCCGAAGUUGUUCAGUUUCGUGGAAGCCAAGUCUUCGCCGCUGUGCAGACGUUGCCUUGGAAUGCCGAAAGUGGUCUGCUCCCUCUGUUCUAACAUGGAGAUCGCAAACAACAUCCCCGGAGUUUGCUUCAGCAACCCAACAAUCGUGGAUCACAAGUAUGAAUUGGUGUACAACGGUUUGGACAUUUACCACAUGCGCACUUUGAUGGGCACGGAGAAGUUCAAGCCUCCGAUUGCUUCUGAGGCUCCCAUUGCGCGUCCGUUGAAGCGUUCGCACGACGAUGACGUGACCGCGGUUUUGAAGGAGUAUGUGGAGACGCUGGAGGAGAUCGACGCGACGUUCAGCACGCUAAUCGAGCGCGUGCAGGCGGAAAAGAAGCCCAACUUCGACUACUGGUCGCAGGUGGAAUCGCAGAUGAUAAAGAGCUACAUCGAUCAGUACAACAAUAAGAUGAUGGACAACCGCUACAACUACAACACCCAGCGUCAGAGCUACGACGUGUUGCGCAUUCGGCUGACAUGUACCAAGAGCUCUAAUCUACCUGCGCACUGGACGGAUCAUGCCUUGUGUAGCGUUUGCGGUAGUGACGAGGAUUGGGAUGACGACCCUAUUCUGUUCUGCGACUGCUGUUACAUUCCGAUGCACUACUGCUGUUUGGGCUACAAGCCGGGUACCAUGUCCGAGACCAUGAAGCAGAACAUACGCCGUCAUAAGCUAUUGCAUACGAAGGAGGAUGACGAACCGAUUGUCGACGAAGAUGAGUGGCUAUGUCCGUGCUGUCUGUUCUUAAUGGACCAAUUGGCGUUUUUGUCCGAAAGCACUGCGAUGAAGGCCAUUCGUGUUGCUGCUGGCCCCAGGAAUAAGCAGACGUUGGAGUUCUUCCGCGACAACCCCCCCGACGACAACGCGCUGCCGCUUGAGGCUGUACCGCUGCCUUACGUCGUCGGCUUUGAGUACGACAACCCGAUGGAACGCAUCGACUUAUGUACUGUGUACCGUCGUAAUCCUGCAGUAGCGUUCGCGUCUGCAAUUCCCACAGGCAAUGAGGGACCGGCUGGUGGUAGGGCGGCCCUCGGCGAUGGCGCGGAUGCGGCUCCGAAAGCACACCCUCGUACUACCUCAUCUCACAUGGAAUAUUUGGUGCCACCUAGGAUUACUUUCAAGUGGCUGUUGGAGUGUGGUAACAUACCCACUACGGUUGUGCUGAACAUCCCCGACGAGGAGAUUGCGUGUCCGUUCGAGAAAGAUCUCAGAGGCUACGAAAUGGACCUCCUGGGUCGCACCAUUAACCAAUUCUGGUCGUUUAAACGUAUGAUCAAGACGAAUCUGGAUAUAGCCAGUGACAUUUUCGAUGAAAUUUUGGUGCGCUACAUGAAUGAGGGUAACCUCGAUGGGAUGUUAAAGCUGUUAAGGCACGUGCCCAAGGAGGAGGCGAAUACACACAACCUCAUCCAUCAGGAUCGCGCACUGCAGCAGCAGAAGUCCAUCACACACAAGCGUGGCCGCAAACCUGUCGACGUCAAGGUCGAGCGUACCCCUCAAGUAAUGGCGGCCAUUAAUGCCGAGGUGGUGCGUGGCCCUGAGCAGGAAAUUGUUCGCGAUGAUAUAUACACCUUUAACUGCAAGAAUCCGUUGAAGAAGCUGGUAAUAUGCACGCGCAUAAGCCGGAAUUUCUUCGUCAACUUGAGGAUUCCCGUUUGUAUUUUCUGCGGCUUCGAUGCGUACUACCCUGGCGGUGGUCCCAUGAAGCGUACGUCGAACCCCGGAACUUGGGCGCAUAUCCGCUGUGCUAUUGCGGUGGACUGCACAAUAACGCCCAAGUAUAUUGAUUACGAAACGUUUGUGCCGAAGGUAAAGGCGCUCAAGUGCCUGGUAUGUCACAACUUGAGCACCGCCAUCGUGCAAUGCUCGCACGGCAAUUGUUGCAAGGCAGUUCACGUGUCCUGCGCAGCCGCGUCAUCGUAUUGUCUAUUUUCGUGGGAUCAGAAUGGCAAACCGGAUAUACUCUGUCCGCAGCACGCGUCUGGUUUGGCUCCCACCGUCCUGCUUCGCAAGUUACAGACGAAGGUGCAAUACAAGAACUUCAAGAAGAUGAGCACUUAUGAAACGAAUCUAGACGGAAUCAACCCUAAGGAUGACGUUUAUCUAAGCCACUUGCUUGAGCCCAAUUACCGCUCCAUUGCAUCGGUGAUCGAGCAGAUUUUCAACUUGAAUCCUCGUACUGGUUUCCCAAUACCGUUGUACGGCGACGAGGUGGUGUUCAAGCAACCCAUUAUUGACAAAGAUUGCGGUGAAAAAUCGAUGACUGAACGGUCCGGCGAAAAUAAAGGUAGGGUUAGCAAGAGGACUGAGGUGCGCCUUCCAUUGCGCGACAAGUCGGGGAAAUUCAAGGUUGCGGACAAGUCUAGAGAAAUUCAAAAGGUUGAACCCAUAUCGGAUAAGGACUUCGGUGCCGAAUCGCAGCAAAUCAAGACAACUGACUUGGCCGUUACCACCGCAACGGUGUCAUCAAAUAAUGUGGAGAGCGACAUAAGUACGAGCAAUGUGCAAGAGCCAGCUGAUGUUCCUAUGGAGCCUUUGGAUCCUACGGAAGAGCCGGAAGUUUCUGGCAACUAUGAGAAAAUCGAAGUUGACCAACCUGAGGAAAUUGAAUUAUCUGUUGAGCAAGCUGAUGCUACCGAUGACGUUGCGCCUGCGGAUUCGGUGACCGAAUCAAAACCCAUGGUUGAAAUACAGUCAACUGACCAAGUGGAAAAAGCAACGUCUGAAGAGGUUAGUGACCCCAACUUUUGUCGUGUCACCAAGCUUGCCAAGGAGCACUGUUUCUGGUGUAGCAUGGGCAACGAGGAUUCAGAUGAGCACACGCAUUAUAAACCGUUUUACGAUGAUCGGUGCCCGACUUCUGAACAGAUUGGCAAUUUGUUGUUCCCGGACCUGGAUGCGGCCAAGCAGAAGGGUGCGGCAAUGGUUGAAGAUUCCGCUGUGGAGGGAUCUGCGCAUCUUGAAAACAUUCCUCCAAUCGUCUGGAGCGAGAUUUGUGCCUCUACGCGCAUCGUCGAUGAAAAGAUGCUGUCGUAUAUUUCUGACGAUUUCAUCGGAGGUCAGCGUCUUAUUUCCGAGGUUGUGUCCAAGAGCUGUCGUGCGUCUCUGCUGGGUCUGACGAGGUUAUUGAACAUUCUGUAUUUCAAGUCCAAGAAGGGCUCCGAAAUGUGCGCCGUCUUCGACAGCCUCCUGCGCCAUAUGAAAACGAUGCAAUCUGUGGACGAAGCUCGUCGCAAUUGCGAAAUUGGCACCAACUCCGCAACUGAGGCGUACCCACCACUGCCGUCCUUUACGCCUGACUACAGUGGUGGUCACCGUGUAAACCACCCACCCGUGGACCAUCGUAAGGAAUGCCGCGUUCGUGUGAAGGCAGUGUUACGAACGUUGAACCAAACUGUGUUCAUGCGUCUUGAACCUGAGCUGCUUCCGGUUUCCAUUCUCAGGGUAGUUGUGUCUAAGUCUAAUCCCGAAAACGGCAGUGACGUUGAGGUAUCCCGUCACUACGUGGUGUGUUCUGGGUGCUUGGAGUUCAAGGUAAUUGAGCAAGAGGUUAGUGAGGAGAAUAGCGUCAUGCGCAAGCGGGUCAAUUACGCCCAUCACUACAAAACGUGCCGCAUGUGCAACGCACGGGCGUGUAGCGAUUGUCUAUCGCACAUGAAGGCUGCUCGUAUGCGUACAAAGGUGAGUUUGGCACCCGUACCCCUAAAUGUUGCUCCCGCGCCAACUGACGCGUAUAUGUCGGCAGCCACAUUGCUUUCGCAGCCCAUGUACCCCGGUGUGAACCUGAGGAUGCCGCGUAACCCGCCUCCGAUGCCCGACGAUGAGCGCAUACCUUCGGUACGUGAUGCGAUGAUUUCUUUGCCACUAAUGGCGCGUGGUCCUAUGAUUGAUGGUUUAGGUCCGCACCCCGUGCGUGGCAUAGGCGUGAGCGCCCCUAUGAGCGUGGAUGCGCGCAUGCCAGCAAUGAUGGCUCCAAACAUGGCUAGGGGUCCGAUGAACGCCCCCAGUCCUAUACGGCACAUGAUAUCGCGGCCGCAAAUCGCUAGUUCUGCAGCAUUGCGGGGUGCAAGCAUGGUAGAGAUGGCGGGACUGCCGCCUACGAAACCCACUAUGAUGCCGAUCUGCACCCCCAUGGCGAAGUCGAUGCCAUCUCCUGGCGUCUGCGGCCCCUUGUACAGCGGUACUGGUGGUAAGACAGUGCCCGGUAUGAUGGACCGCACCCCUGGCAUGAUGUGUGGCGGCCCAUUUGGUAAGGUUGGGCCUAUGAUAAAGAGCCCGCCAGUGAAAAACGGUCCGUACGCCACCACCGUCAGUGGCCCCAGUUUCUGCCGCGAUGUUCCUCCGCCAAAUGGGCCGUUUGUGGGCAACGGCGAUCUCAACAACUGCCCCCCGGUAAGCCCUCCAUCACUCAUUGAACCUCCGGAUGAAAAUUCCGAGGCCACAUUCCUUUGCAGCCGUUGUGAGGACAUGGAAGGUGACAUAAACGUGCCUUUGCUAUGUUGUGCGUUCUGUUCUCGUUUCGACGGACUAUUGGUGCCUGUGAACAGGGAACACCUGUCCUUUUACCUUAACUGGACUUCCGAAUAUUGCGGCUACGCUUAUGUACACCUGGUGUGUCUGGAUUGGCUAUCGUAUUCGAAGGUGGUGAGUCCGUCGUUGCGUAAGUUUCCGAAAACUCUGCUCGAGUCACCAUGCCACUACUGCGGUGUGGCUUGCGGUGCCACUCUGACUUGCACCAACAACUACUGUAACGUCAGGUUCCAUGCUUCCUGCGGCGCAUGGCUAGGUUGCAAGGCGGAUAUGGGUAAGAAGCCUGAGGGCCUGACUACGGCGUCCCGGAGGGUGUAUUGCCUGCGCCACACCUUUCUGAACAUCAGCCGCAUGAGUCAGGUGGAGCGUAAGUUUAUGAUAGCCCCUCCCCACCUGUACGAGCUUCUGAUAUCGACUAAACAUCACUUGUCCAGGUUCUACGGUGGGGUUUACAUGUCACGUUAUUGUGUGCCGAACAAAAUCAGGAACGAGGCGCCAUCGCGUCCUCCGCUGAGCCGUAUACCUGCAAGCACGACAUCGACCGCCAAGCGCGCCAAGCCGCUGUCGAAAGCGUCCGCGUUCCCUAUGAACAACGUCAACGCUACGAUGAACAUGCUCAACGGCAUAAACUACAUGAACCUAGGGUUGGUGGUUUCCAAGAGCAACUUCGGUCAGCCCGUCAGCGAGUACAGUAUGUUACCGGACAACAUCGCACGUGACCGUCUGAUCCAGGCUCUGAACUGGACAGCGUACAACGCGAUGAACCUUGUUGGUGGGCGGCGUGACAAGAAGGAGAUUCGGGCGAUCAUCCACCUGAUAAAGGCGGGCCAGCUAAAGCCGAUCCACGGCAGCAAACGUGGUCGCAAGCCUAAGUCGCUCGACGGGUCAAACUUCGACAACCGCCAGAAGAUGCCAAUGGAGGACAUUCUGACCUACUGCCAUUCGGGCCAGCUGGACUCUGGCGAAUUCUUCUGCCCCGUCUGCUUCUCCAUUUAUUUCGAGCGGAGCCCGGGGAUGCCCGGUGAUGAUCUGCACUGGAUUGGGUGCGACGGCUGCGAGCGCUGGUUCCACUUCGUGUGCGCCGGCGUGUGGGCUGAAGGCCAGGUGGACCCCAACUCCCCAAGCUGGUUCUGCUUGGCCUGCACGCGGCAGCGCGCCUACAAGGCGCCUAAGUGA